UACACUCGCGUUCGAUCGGACGAGGAAGUGUACCAAUACCAAAACAGCUCUACACACGUUUCGUGAACUGUGACAUGUCAAGCUUAUAACCACAGAUAUCUCAAUUGUUCAGCAACCUGUGUAUUGUUAUGUUGUAGCUGGACGCAGAACGUUGUUACAAAGGGACUGGAAUUUCUAGGUUGGACAUUUCUGUACAACAUGGAAGAAGAUGAUGGACUAAAGGAUAACCUUCGUCUACAGUUCCAGGCUCUGCAGGAGCAACAAGAGAAGCGUCUCCAGAGAAGACUAGAGAAACAGAAGAAGGAGCAGAAGGCCACUGAGAUCCAGGACAAUCUGGACCUGUCCCAGCUAGACAUUCAUCGCGCGGAUGAUUGUAGUAAAAAGCUGUUACAGAAUGAAAAUGAACAGUUGCAGGACCAGGUGAGGGAGUUGAGGGAUGAAAAUGGCCGACUAUUCAAACUAGUGAGCGAGAAAGACUUUGAGAUUAAACAUCUGAAGAAGAAGAGGGAGGAAGACAGGCUGGCUUUAGCAGGUACAUCUGGCUUGGCGGGUGAUGCGGCAGCUACCAAGAUUGUUGAGCUUUCUAAGAGGAAUCGAGAGUUUGCUUCAGAAAUAGAACGAGAAAAAGUUAAAGCAAAACAAACUAGCAACAGAGUGAAAGAGCUUGAGAAAGAGCUCCAGAGUGCUUUGUUGCUUAGUCCUCCUGGGAAGAAGAUGGAUGUAAAGCCACAAGACAUGAGGUCAUCCCAGGACUUCCAGGAGAACAGUCCAGUGGUAAAAUCUCUACAGGAAAAACUAUCUGCUGCACAAUUCAAGAUGACAGAAUAUCGAAACCAGAUUCAAGCUGUCAAGCAGGAAUUGAAAAUAGCUCAGAAGGUGUUAUCCAGUGAGAUAGGAGAGGAAGUCAGCAUCCAGCAGCUACUGACCAGCCCAGGGAACUGGAGAGGUCGUUCCCAGCAGAUACUGGCUCUCCAGAUUAGGGUUCGGGACCUGGAGCAGCAGCUGAGCCAAUCAGCUCAGAGGAAGCAGCCGUCAUUUGUCAGCGUUGAAGAGGAUGUACUGUGGGGCGGGGCCUUGCAGAAGACACCCCCCCAGGACAGGAACCUCAGCUACAUCCGCAAUAUGGAGAGGGAGAAGAGAGAAACUCUGGAGAGGAUGACGGGGGACUAUGAUUCCGUCAUGAAGGACCACAAGGACGUGAAGAAGAAGCUGGAGGGCUCCAAGGCCAGAAACAAAAACCUGAGCACUGAGGUGAAAUCACUGAAGGCCCAGAUCUCCACCCUGCUGGACAAAGGAAAGCAUGAUGAUGAGCUGGUGGAUGCCUUACUGAAGCAGCAGAGCCAGCUGCAGGAGGUGCUGGGCAGGCUGAGCCAGCAGGACGCGCAGACCAAGGAGAGCCAGCAGAACCUAGGGCAGCAGCUGAGCAGCGAGGCCCAGAGACACACAUCCCUCAUCCAGCAGCUCAAACACAUGGUCUUCGAGAGGGAGGCCAAAGUGAAAGAGCUGGAGGACGAGAUACAGCAACUGUCCUUAAAGAGAGAGGAAGGCGGUCAAUCAGGCCCCAAGACGACCACUGGCAGCUUCUGGCCUUUGACAGCAGGGGGAGACAGCAGUAAGAGGAUUAGCUCAGCCCGAUCAGUAUCUAAACUUGGACAUAAACUAGUGGAGUCAGCAGCUGGGGUCAGUUUAGAGGUCAGAGAUGCAGGAGCUCCUUCGGGUUGUCAGAACUGUUCAGAGGAGGUCAGGUACCUGAAGGCAGAGUGUACAGAGUUUCGGACCCUUUGUGAGGCUGCCUGUGUCGAGAGAGAUAGGCUCCUAGAGCUUGUCAAGCUCCAGCAAUCCAGGGAGGAGGAAGGGAAGCAGAUGUGCCUAGGGGCAGAGCAAAAAUUCCAAGGAGAACGCAGAAGGGCCGUAGCCCUAGAGCAGCAGCUAGAAAAAGCAAAGCUGGAUCUGGGCAAAGGAUUGACUCCCAGAAAAACUAGCAACAAGGGCACUGGAGGAGCCUCGUCUAGUGGGAGACAGAGGGAAUCAUCAUCCCCUCGAAGCCCUCCUGACCUUUCCGGGGAGGCCCAAGUCAUUGAACUAAGUGCCCAGCUGGCGGUGCUGCAGGGGGAGAACGAGGCUCUGAGGGCUGAGCUGAGGAGCACUCUCCAGGCCAAGGCUGAGGACCUGCAGCUCUGCAGUGACAUGAUGAACCAAGUCAAGCACGUCUUUCUGCAGGCGCUGCGACAACACAAGCAGGACAGAGACACAAACCAGGAGAAUUAGUUAGCUAGCUGUAUUAAAGGCCCUGGCUGCUUAACCUGCUGGACUUCAACCACGUCCCCAAAAAAUCUUAAGUUCCUCUUGUCCAUUCAUAUCAACUCUGAGGAAGGACAGGAAUGGAGCAGGCCUGUCUGCUUCAGCAAUACAAUGUAAUUACUGGUUCCUGGUUUCCUAACUGCUUCCUGCUAAGUCUGUUGACUACGAAAAGACGACAACCUGCUUUGAUUUCCCCCAUGUAGUGAAUAUGAGUAAGCCAAUCAAAGCCAACUUGGCACCUGCGGACCAAAAAGUUUAUCAACUUUGACAUGAAGAUGUUACACAGUGGUUCCUAUUGUUGAUUGCAUGACUGGUCAGUGCAUAUAGAAUGUGUCUGCAUUAUGUGAUGUGUAUGCAUGGACUUGUUCAUAGGUGUGUUUAUUUUCUAAAUAUAAGAUAUAGAAGGCCGCAGUGUGUUUGUAAGAUAUAGUAUAGAGGGCCGCAGUGUGUUUGUAAGAUAUAGUAUAGAGG